CGAUGAUGAGAGAGAAUCAGUGAUUGGCUGCCACCUGCACGUGGACUCCGAAGGACCAAGAGCCCUGGGAAGCCACCCUGCCCGGGGGAUCCCUGUGCGUUCCAGUCCAGAAUUUCCGUAUCAAUAUUAAUCAGACCCGUCUUCCUUCUCUCCUGCUUCCUCCGAGGCUGGACUCUGCUCUCCCGUUGGUUUCUCUGUUUCCUGCCGUGAGGUCGUUAGUGGUUAGCCAAUUCAGCCUGCUUUCCCUCUGCUUGGCUUUGCCCUUUGUUUGCACUUCCUUGUCUGCAGAUCAGCCUUUCCUGCCACAGUUUUGGCCCGGUUUCCUCUUUGUCGGGAGCAGGUUUUGUGACAACCUCGCCGACCUCCUCUGAGGCAGCUCCUCUGCCGCCCUCGGGAGCUGACCUUCCUCUGCAGCAUGUGGCAACAAUUUGCUGCUGGGUCCCGCCUCCAUGUGUUAAUCCACUGGAAGGGCUUGGUAAUCCAGUUCCUGCCCUAGAGAAAGCUAGAGCCAUGGCCACCGGGAGUGCUCCCUCCGAGAUUAUAGAAAGAGAGCGAAAGAAGUUACUGGAAAUCCUCCAGCAAGACCUGGACUCGAUCCUAGAUUCCCUAACCUCUCGGAGGCUGAUUUCUGAGGACGAGUAUGAGGCGCUGGAGGACAUCCCAGACCCUCUGAAGAAAAGUCGGAAGCUGUUGAUCUUGGUGCAGAAAAAGGGAGAAGACAGUUGUCAGCAUUUCCUCAAAUGUUUAUUUAGUACUUUUCCAGAGUCAGCGACCACUUGGGGCUUAAGGCACGAAUCUUUAAAACAUGAACAUACAGAAUCUCCUCAGUCUACAGGGGUAAGCAAGAAUUCGGAAGAUCCAUUUUUCCCGGGAAAGAAACAGCCUGAGAGUUCUGAGAUCACCGUGUCCUUUAAAGAGAAAGAGCAUGUGGAUGUGGAAACCUCUGAGAUGUUCAGGGACAAGGAAAGUGGUGAUGGCGAGAUGGCAUGGUCCUCACGGGAAAACGAGAAGGCAUACGACCCGCCAACCACCACUGUGCCGCAUUCAGUAGAGAAUGUUGAGUCUGAAAUUUCAGGAACUCCUGACUAUUCACAGGACCAACAGAGGUACGACGAGCCCGAUGAUGCUUUAUACUCAGGAGAAGAGGAGUAUCUAGAGUCGGCUGUAUUCUCCGAAGAUGCAGAAAGCACCAUGGAAGGAGACGAUCAUGACGGCCCAGAGUACCUUGUCUACGGAGGGGAAGAGGACCCUGUGUAUUCAGAAACCGCAGAGUUCUCCGGUGACCAGGAGAGUUAUGGUGAUUCAGAACCCGGCAUGCCGCUGGAGGAAGAGGAGGAGGAAAGUAUGGAAGAAAGAAAAAAGGUGUUUAAAGAUGUCCUGUCCUUUUUGAACUUGGAUAGGAGCAGAAAGCUUCUGCCAGAUGUUGUUAAACAGUUCUCCUUAGAUCGAGGAUGUAAGUGGACACCCGAGACGCCAGGAGACCUGGCCUGGAAUUUCCUGAUGAAAGUUCAAGCCCUGGAUGUGACGGCCAGGGAUUCCAUCCUUAGACACGAGGUUCGCUGUGAGGAGAGCCAAGGGGAGUCGCCAGGCGGAGUAGAGAAUCUGGAAAUGAGGGACACCCCCGCCCUGCACCCCCUGGAUGUGCUCUGUGCCUCUCUGCUGUGUGCCCACAGCUCCCUGCAGCGCGCAGUCCUGGCAAGCAUGUACCGAUGCGGGUUUGCUCUGCCGCUGCUCCUGCCGGAUGCGGAGAACAACAAAAGCAUCUUGAUGCUGGGGGCCAUGCAAGGCCUUGUGACGGAGCAGCCGGCGGGGGAAACCGAAAGGUCUCUGACUCUCGCAAAGAUGCCCGUCCUCUCUUUUGUGCGUCUAGGAGACUGUAGCUUCUCCAAGUCCAGAAUCCUCAACGCGCUGCUCAGCCCUGCCCAAGCCAAACCGCACAAAGUCUUCCUCCAUCACGAUCUGCCCGUCCCGGUGCUCCCCCGGCAGAUCUCGGACGGCCUGGUGGAAAUAGCGUGGUGCUGUCCGGACAGCGACCGUCUAAGGGGAAACCCUCCCUUUUUUCAGGAGCCCGUUGCCGUGGCCAACCUUCAUGGAGAUCUAGAAAGUUUUUGGACACAAUUUGGUUUCUUGAUGGAGGUUUCCUCAGCUGUGUUUUUCUUCACGGACUGCCUGGGUGAAAAGGAAUGGGACCUGCUCAUGUUUUUAGGAGAAGAUGCCAUUGAAAGAUGCUACUUUAUCCUCAGUCCCCAGGCCAGGGAGAGUGAAGAGGCUCAGAUUUUCCAGAGGCUCCUGAACUUGAAGCCAUCCCAGCUACUGUUCUGGGAGGAGGAGGAAGCUGGGGAGAAAGGGACGAACUUGAAGGGCCUCCGAGCUGCCCUCCAAGAAGUGAUGUCCUCAUCACUCAGACAUGUGUCUGUGGAGGACAUGGCCUCCUUGGCCAGGGAGUUGGGGAUCCAGGUAGACCAAGACUUUGAGGACGUUCAAGGAGUUCAAGUUUCCCCUGGUGAGCACUUGGCUGGAACAGUUGAAGAUGAGGGGCCACAAAGACACCGUCAGCCAGAAAGCUCAUCUGAACGCCCCGCUGAGGUGCCUGUGAAAGAGCCUGGAGCUGAAGGCGAGGUCACCCAGGCUCUUCAGAAUUUCCAUGUCACCCCAGUAUUCAUGCCUUACGUGCAAAACCUCUGUCCGUUCCCAGUCGGACUUGGAGGCCACUUUAACCGUGCUCCUGUGAAAGCCCCUCGGGUUCCGGGCUUCCACCUGGGGUCAGAGCAGAAGUCUAAGUGGUUCCGUCCUCCACCCUUUCAUAAUUCAAGAGUCCAUAGUCAAGGUAGAAGUUUUGGGGUUCAGUACUUCCAACCCCAGAGAUUUGGUUCAGUUGAAAGUUUCAUGAAAUUUUCAAGACCUGCCCGGGGACGUCACAUGGAUGGGCCAUUUGGGAGACCACCAAGGCCCAUCUGGCAGCAUGUGAAGACCUGGCUUGGCAGACCACAGACAGCGGGAGCGUGUCCACGGUCUGUCGUGGUGGGUUCCCCCGUAGGUCACUUCCACGCACAGCCAGCAGGACCAGCUGGGAAGCCACCGCCUAGGCAAGCCCACGCCCGGGGAACACAGCCGCCUGAGGCAACUGAAAAACUGGUGAGAACAUCAUCCCCCAUGGUGACUCCUCACCCUCGAAACUUUCAGCCCGCAGGAGUCAUACACCGACCCCUAAGACCCGCUUUUCAGCCGGGAUUCAAGCUAAAGACACCAGGUGGGCCUUCAAAUCCAGCUGGCCACAUGGGAUCCCAUCCUAUGUCCAACAACACAUUUGUACCCAACUCUCCGUUCCGUCAGCCCACGCCAUCCCAGGGCAAACAUUCCCAGCCCAAACCCUUCCAACCCAUGGCAUCUCAACCCAAACCCACCCAAACAAAACCCACUCAUCCCCAGCCCUCCCCAGCUAGAAGCUCUCCAUCCAAACCCACUCAUCCCCAGCCCUCCCCAGCUAGAUGCUCUUCAUCCAAACCCACUCAUCCCCAGCCCUCCCCAGCUAGAAGCUCUCCAUCCAAACCCGCUCAGCCUAAGCCCUCCCAACCUAGGCCUUCUCAGCCCAGACCUACUCAACCCAAGUCAUCAGGAGCCAGUGCUUCACAGGCUAGGGCAUCCUACUCCAGAGCAGGGCCCAAGAGGGGAGGGAAGCAUUAAAGUGCUUACUCCAGAGACCUAUGAAAUGUAUCCUUUACCCAGGCCAUUCUGAUCACAGAAUAGUAUCCUAAAGAAGUGUGGCAGUGAUGGUAAGAGACCACUACCAUUAGCAUGACAGAAAAGGAGAUAUGCACAGCCUAGUUGUUAUCAUUAAACCGUAAGAAUUGUGUCCCUAAGAAAGAGGGAAAA